AAAUGGGUCGUGUAAUUCGUGCACAGCGUAAGGGCGCCGGUUCCGUCUUCAAGGCGCACGUCAAGAAGCGCAAGGGAGCCGCCAAGCUGCGUUCUCUGGACUUCGCCGAGCGCUCUGGCUACAUUCGCGGCGUUGUCAAGGAUAUCGUGCACGAUCCCGGUCGUGGCGCACCCUUGGCCGUCGUUCACUUCCGUGAUCCCUACCGUUACAAGCUCCGCAAGGAACUAUUCAUCGCCCCCGAGGGCAUGCACACCGGCCAGUUCGUCUACUGCGGCCGCAAGGCUACUCUGCAAAUUGGCAAUGUGAUGCCACUGAGCCAGAUGCCUGAGGGUACCAUCAUCUGCAAUCUGGAGGAGAAGACCGGUGAUCGCGGCCGUUUGGCGCGCACCUCUGGCAACUAUGCCACCGUGAUUGCCCACAAUCCCGACACCAAGAAGACCCGUGUCAAGCUGCCCUCGGGCGCCAAGAAGGUCGUGCCCUCGGCCAACCGCGCCAUGGUCGGCAUCGUUGCUGGCGGCGGUCGUAUUGACAAGCCCAUCCUGAAGGCCGGUCGUGCCUACCACAAGUACAAGGUGAAGCGCAACAGCUGGCCUAAGGUGCGUGGUGUUGCCAUGAACCCUGUGGAGCAUCCCCACGGUGGUGGUAACCAUCAACAUAUUGGUAAGGCGUCGACAGUCAAGCGUGGCACAUCCGCCGGUCGUAAGGUCGGUCUUAUCGCUGCCCGUCGUACUGGUAGGAUUCGUGGUGGCAAGGGCGACAGCAAGGACAAAUAAACAACAACAGGAGCAGCCCGUUCCGUCUGAGAUCAGCGUAGCGCUGUUUGCUAUAAUUGUGCAUAUGUAUAUGGAAAAGCUGUAUGUGGUCAACAUGCAAUUUACGCGACGGAAUAAAAUUUAUUUCUAAACAACAAA